AGAGAACUGGUGAUGUGUACUAGGAAUGGGGGAGGGGCAACAGUAAGGUUCACAAAGGUCUGGUGUUUUACGGUAAAUGGCGUAAAAGAGCCUGAGGUUGCCUCAUUCUGCGUUGUCAUCGACCCUUAUCCAAUUACCUUGAGAACCCAAAAAGUUGGGAGCUCCAACGACAUUCCGAUUUGUACCCUUGAAACCAGAGAGGAGAGACGCUCUCUCCACACCACAGACGAUGGCACCAAGUCUGUCUUUGCUGCUGAUCUGUCUGCUUGCCUUGUAUACACCAGUGACAUCCAAGAAAGAAUGUGGCCGCCCGCCCCUGGGUGACGGUAAGGAACUGGAGGGGUUCCAGAGGGUGUACUCCCCCGGAGACGAGGUGGUGCUGUCGUGUAAACGAGGAUACACACCCACUUCAGGCUCUCGCACAAUCCUCUGCACUGCUAGCGGAGACUGGACCAAGUCUAAACUCACAUGCUCAACAAAGAGUUGCUCUCUCCCGGAAGCACUAAACCACGGAGACAUGGAGUUUGUGGACAUUGUCUACCAGAGUACCAUCAACUACACCUGCCAUGAGGGGUAUACCCUGCAAGGAGCCAGUACCAUUGAGUGCUUGUACGACGGCCAAUGGAGUGAUCCACCACCAAAGUGUACACCGGUGAUAUGUGGUCUUCCUCCAAUACCUAAAUAUGGGAAAAUGGUCUACGACAGAAAGUUGACAGGCAACACGACUGUGUUUGGUUUUGGGGGGACCUACGAGUGUUUCCCUCCACUUGUCCUCAUAGGCAACGAGAGGGGAUCGUGCAGCACUAACGGAGACUGGACUGAGCCACCAGAAUGUAAAUUGGUGACCUGUUCAGCUCCAACAGGCAUCAUCAACGGCUACAUGACCGUUAGCGAUAAGAGGGAGCACGGCUUCAAGGAGACUGUCAGAUAUGGAUGUAAUAUAGACUAUGUCCUGGACGGGCCUGUGGAGAUCGAAUGUCUCAAAACAGGGGAUUGGUCAAUGAAGCCAGCUUGCAGGGCUUCCUGCAAGGUAGGUAUUAAAAGAGGACGCAUCCUUUACAAUGGAAAGAAAUUUUGGAUAAAGGAUUUCGAGCCCAAUAAAAUCUUGCAUGCGGAAGUCGUCUUGAUCUACUGUAUGAACAAGGAGAAGAAGUGUGGCUAUGCAUUGUCAACCCAGUGCAUCGAUGGAAAACUCAAGAUCCCAGAAUGCUUUGAAGAACCAAGUGAUUUUACAUAUAAAUUCAACUAUGAUUCCCUGCCAUCUGAGAUAGCCCAGUGCUGAAACGCUGUGCAUGACAAAGCAAAUUGAGACCAAGAACAUUGAUUGCCUGUGAAUUAAAUGUCAAUAAAACCAUGUGUAUUUCUAUGUAAUGCUAUCCAUUUGUUCUUCGGAAUAAUUUUUCUGUAGAGAACUAAUUUUACGAUGAAUAAAAUAUACUGUUUGCUUGUA